AUGGCAGAAAGCUACGACGCCAGUCCAUCUGCGAGUCCUGUUGAACGUCAAGAACCAGUGGCAGAUAUCCCAGUGCUUCCAAAAGGGAAAUGGCUACAACUUGAGAUUCUCAGUACGUGGGGUGAUCCCUACUACGUGGGUCUCAAUGGCAUCGAGAUCUUCAAUCACCUGGGCGAACUUCUUAAAUUUAAAGAUCCAGAGACGCAAGUUACAGCUCGUCCCGAGAGCAUCAACGUGUUAGAAGAGAACACGGACGACUCUCGUGUUCCUAGAAAUCUGGUGGACGGAGUGAACUUAACUUGCGAUGAUUUCCACAUGUGGCUCGCUCCAUUUACGCCCGGCCAGCCUCAUUACGUGCUACUGGGUCUGGAGGCUACCGUCUCCGUGUCGAUGAUACGUAUCUGGAACUAUAACAAGUCACGGACACACACAUGUCGAGGUGUUCGAGAGGCGCCAGGUCUCGUCGGUGCAGAUAGCUUGGAACUGUCCAAUGAGGUGAUUUUAUUCACCCAAGACGCAGCCAUCCUUGAGGCUAUUGAGGCGAAUGAUGACGCAUUGCGAAGACUGGCAAAGGAACAAAAACGUGAAGAUGAAGAAGCCCAGGAGAUUGUGGAUAAUUUACAUCGAUCCAUGGAGCUUCAACGUCCGCGGACUUCUGAUACUGGGUCUAGGACAGUGGAAAGCAACGAUGAAGAUCAUGUACUGAGAUAUGGUAGACCCAUGACGAUGGCAAGCCGACCGCUAGCAAGUAGAGAUACAACCGUGAAGACUUCGAUUGACUCGUGGGUGGCUGAAGAACCGCAGCAGAUGUCUCCGGAUGCUGCUAAAGUGUCAGCGUUGGGAGCCAGCAACGAUGGACUUGUCAAUGAUGAAAAUCUGCCUCGAGGUCGACGACUUACACUGCAGUUGCACAGUACAUGGGGCGAUAGAAAUUACAUCGGAUUGACGCAAGUGGAGGUGCUGGUUGGGUCACACGGAGCGCCUCUUCCUAUGAAUAUCAACAAUUUGGAGGCAAAACCGCGAGAUUUGGCUUCGGUAAGUUGCGUUAAGAAGUCUUAA